GGUGACGGGGGGAGGGAGUUGGACACCCAGCAUGCAGGCAGCAUGGAACGGGUGAGGGAGCAGCGGCCUUUCUGCUCGCUGUCCAAGAGCCAGAGAGACCGAGAGAGGUUCUGCGAGCGCGACAAGGACCGGGAACGGCGGUACACCGGCUCCUCGGCCGACCGGGACGACGCAGCCUGCCGCGUCCCCACUCAGCAGUCCUACAGCUCCAGCGAGACGCUGCAGGCCUUCGACCAUGACCCCUCGCGAAUGCUCUUCGGAGGCCGCGUCAAGGAGCCGGUGCACAAGGAGAGCGCAGAGUACAGCAGGCCAGGGCAGACGUUUUCGCUGAGGCAACUCGGAAUAUGCGAGCCGUCGGCCCGCCGGGGCUUGGCGCUGUGCCCCGAGACGGGCCUCUCCCACCCGCUCAGCAGCUACGCCAGAGGCCCGGUCGCCGCGGAAAACCAUGAACCUGCAUCGCCGGAGCGCACCAUGGCGCUGUGGGGGACGGGAGGGGCCAAGUCGGGGGCGGGUUCGUGCCUCUCCAGCCGCUCGAACUCGGCGCUCACGCUCACCGACACCGAAAUGGACAAUAAGUCGGACAAUGAGACGGGUGACCAUCUCUCCAGUCAGCAAGGCCCGCCUCCUCUCCCGCCCGCCCCGCCCCCACACAAGCACCACCCGUCCAUCACGUCCCUGAGCCGGAGCUCACUGGCCAAUCAGAGGAGCCCGAGCCCGCCGCCCGCAGCCGGCCUGGCGACCGACUUGCACAGUACGGCGGAAUGCGUCCAGCUGCAGGACAGCUGGGUCCUGGGCAGCAAUGUGGCCCUGGAGAGCAGGCACUUCCUUUUUAAGACAGGCACCGGAACAACCCCUUUCUUCGGCGCGGCGGCCCCCGGUUACACCAUGGCGACGGGGACGGUUUACUCCACACCGGCGCGUCCGUUGCCCAGAAACACUCUGUCCAGAGGGGCCUUCAAGUUCAAGAAGUCACCUAAGCACUGCUCCUGGAAGUGCACCGCCCUGGUCGCCGUGGGGAUCGCUGUGGUCCUGUCCGUCAUCCUCAGCUACUGCAUUGCGAUGCACCUUUUCGGCCUCAACUGGCAGCUCCAAGAGUUGGACAACCAGCCGGCUUUUGAAAACGGAGGAGUUGGGAAGACGGGUCCCACUCAGUCCAGCGGCGUGACGUCUCUGGCUGCUGACGGAAGGAGCGGCGUGCCCCAUCCGGAGAACAACUCCAUCGAUUCGGGACAGGUGGACGUGGGGAAGAGGGCGGCUCAGAGCGUCCCACCGGGGGUCUUCUGGCGUACUCAACUGAGCCUGGAGCAACCGCGAUUCCUAAAGUUUAACAUCUCGGUGCAGCGGAACGCGCUGGUGGGCGUCUACGGACGGAAGGGCCUCGCCCCGUCUCACACGCAGUACGACUUUGUGGAGCUGUUGGACGGCAGCCGGCUCAUCGCCAAGGAGCACCGGACCCCGAGUGAGCCGGAGCCGAGGAGCCGGCCGGAUCAUCCGGUCGCCGUCCACCAGGCCGGCUUCAUCCAGCACCUGGACUCGGGGGUGUGGCACCUGGCGUUCUACAACGACGGACGGAGCGCCGAGACGGUGUCCUACAACGCCAUCGUCCAGGAGUCUGUGACAGAGUGCACGCACAACUGCUAUGGGAACGGAGAGUGUGUGGCCGGAUCGUGUCACUGCUUCCCAGGAUUCAUCGGGCCGUACUGUUCCAGAGCCGCCUGUCCGGUCCUGUGCAGCGGUAACGGCCAGUACACCAGGGGGCGCUGUCAGUGCUACAGCGGCUGGAAGGGCACCGAGUGCGACGUUCCCGCCUCGCAGUGCAUCGACCCGCAGUGCGGCGGUCACGGGCUGUGCGUGGCCGGCAACUGCGUGUGCAACAGCGGCCACAAAGGACCCGGCUGUGAACAAGUGGACUGCGCCGACCCCGCGUGCUCCGCCCACGGGGCCUGUCACCACGGCGAGUGCCACUGCAACCCGGGCUGGGGGGGCGCCAGCUGCGAGAUCCUGAAGAGCACUUGUCCGGAGCAGUGCUCCAGCCACGGCGCCUUCAACACCGACUCGGGGACCUGCGUCUGCGAGGCCAACUGGACGGGCGCCGACUGCUCCAUCGAGGUGUGCGUGGUGGACUGCGGCCCCCACGGCUUGUGCAUCAGCGGCGCGUGUCACUGCGAGGAGGGCUGGACGGGGCCCGACUGCGAGCAGAGGGACUGUCACCCGCGCUGCAUCGACCACGGAGUGUGCCGAGAGGGCAAGUGUGACUGCCACCAGGGCUGGACGGGUGAACACUGCACCAUCGCCCUGGAUUCCAGAGUAUCAGGAGCAGUCAAGAUAGGAUAUAAAGACGGCUGCCCGGGGCUGUGCAACAACAACGGGAGGUGCAUCCUGGACCAGAACGUCUGGCACUGCAUCUGCCAGUCGGGCUGGAGGGGGCUGGGAUGCGACGUGGCCACCGAGACGCUCUGCUCGGACGGCAAGGACAACGAGGGAGACGGACUCGUGGACUGCAUGGACCCGGACUGCUGCACUCAGAUCUCCUGCCAGGGUCAGACGUACUGUCGCGGCUCGCCCGACCCCGCUGCCGUCGCCGGCCAGGGUCAAAGUUCAAGCCCCCGGCCCCUGUCCAAGGGCUUCUACGAGCGCGUGGGUUUUCUGAUCGGUCCCGGCGGCAGUCACGUGAUCGGCUGGGAGAACCCGUUCAACAGCAGCCUGGCGUCGGUCAUCCGGGGUCAGGUCCUCACCGGAGACGGGACGCCGCUGAUCGGAGUCAACGUGUCCUUUCCGCGCUACCCCGACUACGGAUACACCGUCACGCGGCAGGACGGCAUGUUCGACCUGCUGGCCAACGGCGGCGCUUCCCUGACGCUGAGCUACGAGCGCGCCCCCUUCCCCGCGCUGCAGCGCACGGUGUGGCUGCCCUGGAACGUGUUCCACGUGAUGGACACGGUGGUGAUGAAGCGGGAGCAGAACGACAUCCCCGGCUGCUACCUGACUGGCCUGGCCCGGCCCAACCCCCUCAUCCUGGCCACGCCCCUCUCCACGCUGUACAAGACGUCCCCAGAGGACAGUCCCGUCAUCCCCGAGACACAGGUCCUCCAUGAGCAAGUCGCCAUACCGGGCAGUGACCUCAACCUGGUCUACCUGAGUUCCAGGGCAGCUGGCUACAAGCCCAUCCUCAAGGUGCUCCUGACCCACGAGCGCCUCCCCUUCGGCCUGAUGAAGGUCCACCUCAUGGUGGCCGUCAUGGGCCGUCAGUUCCAGAAGUCGUUCCCGGCCUUCCCCGACCUCUCGUACACCUUCAUCUGGGACAAAACCGACGCCUACAAUCAGAAGGUCUUUGGCCUGGCGGAGGCUGUGGUGUCCGUGGGAUACGAAUACGAGUCCUGCCUCGACGUGGUGCUCUGGGAGAAGAGGACGGCGGCGCUGCAAGGCUACGAACUGGAUGCCUCCAACAUGGGAGGGUGGAUGUUAAACAAGCACCACGUGCUGGACGUUCAGAGCGGGAUCCUCUACAAAGGCAGCGGGGAGAACCAGUUCAUCUCCCUGCAGCCGCCCGUCAUCUCCACCGUCAUGGGCAACGGGCGGCGCCGGAGCAUCUCCUGCCCCAGCUGCAACGGGCAGGCCCAGGGCAACAAGCUGCUGGCGCCCGUGGCUCUGGCGUGGGGCAUCGACGGCAGUCUGUACGUCGGCGAUUUCAACUACAUCCGCCGCAUCUACCCGACGGGCAACGUCACGAGCAUCAUGGAGCUCAGCAACAACCCAGCGCAUCGCUACUACCUGACCACCGACCCAGUGAGUGGGCAGCUGUACGUGUCCGACACAAACUCGCGGCGGAUCUAUCGGCCCAAAACCUUGACCGGGACCAAGGAGCUGCAGUCCAACGCCGAGGUGGUGGCAGGAACCGGGGAGCACUGCCUGCCCUUCGACGAGAACCACUGCGGCGACGGAGGCAAAGCGCCCGAGGCCUCGCUCACCGGACCCAAAGGCAUCGCCGUGGGCAAGAACGGACUGAUAUAUUUCGUCGACGGCACCACGAUCAGGAAGGUGGACCAGAACGGCAUCAUCUCCACGUUCCUCGGCUCCAACGACCUGACGUCUGCUCGCCCUCUGACCUGCGACCACAGCAUGGACGUCAAUCAGGUGAUUCUGGAGUGGCCCACUGACCUGGCCGUCAGCCCCAUGGACAACUCGCUGUACGUCCUGGACAACAACAUCGUGCUGCGCGUCACCGAGAACGGGCAAGUGAGCAUCGCGGCCGGCCGGCCUCUCCACUGCCCGCUGGCCGGCCUGGAGCGCGGCGCGGCCGCGGGCCAGCGGGCCCAGUUGACCCCCAUGGAAUCCGCCGUUUCCAUCGCCGUGUCUUACCACGGCGCCAUCUACAUAGCGGAGACGGACGAGCGAAGAUGAGCAGGAUCCGAAAGGUGUCUGUGGAUGGCGAGAUGACGCACUGCUGUCCCCCUCGACUGCGAUUGCAAGACCGAUGCCAACUGCGACUGCUACAAGACGGGCGACGGCUACGCCAAGGACGCCAGGCUCAACCGCCCGUCCUCUUUGGUGGCGGCUCCGGAUGGGACGCUAUACGUGGCCGACCUGGGCAACAUCCGCAUCCGGGCCAUCUCCAGGAACGGGCCGACCCCCGUCGGCAACACGUACGAGGUGGCCUCCCCCGAUGCCCAGGAGCUGUACGUGUUCGACGGCAACGGCACCCACCAGCACACGGCGAGCCUGCUCACCGGCGACCUGAAGUACACGUUCAGCUACAGCACGGAGAACGACAUCACCGCGGUGACCGACAGCAGCGGCAACACUCUGCGCAUCCGCAGGGAUCCCAACCGCACGCCGGUGCGAAUCGUCGCCCCCGACAACCAGGUGAUCUGGCUGACCAUGAGCACCAACGGCGGGCUGAAGACGUUGACCGCGCAAGGCCAGGAGCUGGUGCUCCUCACCUACCACGGCAACAACGGCCUCCUGGCCACCAAGACCUCCGAGAUCGGCUGGACGACUUUCUACGACUACGACAGCGAAGGACGGCUGAUGAACGUGACGUUCCCCACCGGGAUGGUGAACAACCUGUACGCGGACAUCUACAGCGCUCUGACGGUGGACAUCGAGAGCUCCAUGACGGAGGAGGAAAUCAGCAUCACCACCAACGCCUCCGCCCUGCGCUCCUUCUACACGCUGGCUCAGGACCAAUGUAGAAGCGUCUACCAAGUGGGCUUCGACAACUCGCUGAGGAUCACGUACGCCAACGGGAUGGACACCCACUACCAGACGGAGCCGCACAUCCUGACGGGCGCCGCCAACCCGACCGUCGCCAGGCGCAACAUGAGCUUGCCUGGGGAGGGCGGGCAGAACUUGGUGGAGUGGCGCUUCCGCAAGGAGCAAGCCCGGGGGAAAGUCAUCGUGUUCGGGCGCAAGCUCAGGGUGAACGGACGGAACAUUCUCUCCGUGGAUUACGAUCGCACCCUGAGGACCGAGAAGAUUUACGACGACCACAGGAAGUUCCUCUUGAAGAUUAUAUACGACACAGCGGGCCACCCGGUGCUCUGGGUGCCAAGCAGUAAGCUACUGCCGGUUAAUGUGAGCCGGACCAGCAGCGGGCAGAUCAGUGCCCUGCAGAGAGGCCCCACCACCGAGAGACUGGAGUACGACGGCCAAGGCCGCCUGGCUUCCAGGGUGUUUGCUGAUGGCAAGAUAUGGAGCUACACCUACCUGGAGCAGUCCAUGGUUCUCCUGCUGCACAGUCAACGGCAGUACAUCUUCGACUUUGACCCUCUGGACCGGCUCUCUGCUGUCACGAUGCCGAGCGUCGCCCGCUACACCAUGCAGACCAUCCGUUCGGUGGGCUACUACAGGAACCUCUAUCACCCCCCGGAGAGCAACGCCUCGGUGGCCGUGGACUACAGCGAGGACGGCCUCCUGCUGAGGGUAGCUCACCUGGGCACGGGCCGCAGGGUCCUGUACAGGUACCGCCGGCAGAACAAGCUGUCGGAGAUCCUGUACGACAGCACGAGGGUGAGCUUCACCUACGACGAGACGGCCGGAGUGCUGAAGACGGUCAACCUGCAAAACGAAGGGUUCAUCUGCUCCAUCCGCUACCGUCAGGUGGGUCCCCUGGUGGACCGGCAGAUCUUCCGCUUCAGCGAGGACGGCAUGGUCAACGCGCGCUUCGACUACACCUACGACAGCAGCCUGCGCGUCACCAGCGUGCAGGGCGUCAUCAACGAGACGCCGCUGCCCAUCGACCUGUACCAGUUCGACGACAUCUCAGGGAAGGUGGAACAGUUCGGGAAGUUUGGGGUGAUCUACUAUGACAUAAACCAGAUCAUAUCCACUGCGGUCAUGACCUACACCAAGCACUUCGAUGCGCACGGACGCAUCAAGGAGAUCCAGUACGAGAUAUUCCGCUCGCUCAUGUACUGGAUCACCUUCCAGUACGACGACGUGGGGAGGGUCAUCAAGCGCGAGAUCAAGAUCGGCCCCUUCGCGAACACCACCAAGUACAGCUACGAGUACGACGUGGACGGGCAGCUGCAGACCGUGUACCUCAACGAGAAGGUGAUGUGGCGCUACACGUACGACCUCAACGGGAACCUGCACCUGCUGAACGCAGGGAACAGCGCCAGGCUUCUCCCUCUGCGCUACGACCUGAGGGACCGCAUCACCCGCCUGGGAGACAUCCAAUACAGGAUGGAUGAGGACGGUUUCCUGCGUCAGAGGGGCGCAGAAAUCUUUGAGUACAACUCCAAAGGACUGUUGGUGCGGGUCUACAGCAAGAGCAGCGGCUGGACGAUUCAGUACCGCUACGACGGGCUCGGGCGCAGGGUGUCCACCAAGACGAGCCUGGGACAACACCUGCAGUACUUCUACGCCGACCUGAGCUACCCGGCCAGGAUUACGCACGUGUACAACCACUCCAGCUCGGAGAUCACCUCGCUCUACUACGACCUCCAGGGCCACCUGUUUGCCAUGGAGAUCAGCAGCGGCGAGGAGUUCUACAUCGCCUGCGACAACACCGGCACGCCGGUGGCGGUGUUCACCAGCAACGGGCUGCUGGUCAAGCAGCUGCAGUACACGGCGUACGGCGAGGUCUACUUUGACUCAAACCCGGACUUCCAGCUGGUGCUCGGGUUCCACGGAGGGCUUUACGAGCCGCUGACCAAACUGCUGCACUUUGGCGAGCAGGAUUAUGACAUAAUGUCCGGGAGGUGGACGGUUCCCGAUGUCUCCGCGUGGCAGAAAGUUGCCAAGGAGCCAGCUCCUUUUAAUUUGUACAUGUUCAGAAAUAACAAUCCAAUCAGCAAAGUCCAUGAGCUGAGGGAAUAUGUUGCAGAUGUGAACAGCUGGCUCGUUACCUUCGGCUUUCAUCUUCACAACACCAUCCCUGGAUUCCCGGUGCCAAAGUUCGACUUAAGCGUACCGUCCUACGAGCUGAGGAAGAGCCAGCGCUGGGAUGACCUGCCGUCCAUCUCUGGGGUCCAGCAGGAAGUAAGCAGACAAGCCCGUUCUCUGCUGUCCUUCGAGCGGCUGCCGGAGGUCCGUCUCAGCCGAGGUCGCAGAGGUGAAAAGCCCUGGCUGUGGUUCUCGGCGGCGAUGUCUCCCAUCGGGCGAGCCGUCAUGUUCGCCAUCUACAAGGGCAGCGUUCACACUCACGCGCUCAACGUGGCCAGCGAGGACUGCGUCAAGGUGGCGACCAUCCUCAACAACGCUUUCUACCUGGAGGACCUCCACUUCACCGUGGAGGGGCGGGACACGCACUACUUCGUCAAGCCGGGCCUCCCGGACGCCGACCUCGCCGCCCUGCACCUCACGAGCGGACACAAGACUCUGGAGAACGGCGUGAACGUGACCGUCUCCCAGUCCACCACGGUCAUGGACAGCCGGACGCGGCGCUUCGCCGACGUGGAGGUCCGCGCCGGCGCUCUGGCUCUGCACAUCCGCUACGGAUCCACCGUGGACGAGGAGAAGGCGCGGGUGGUCGAGCUGGCGCGGCAGCGGUCCCUGGCGGGCGCCUGGGCGAGGGAGCAGCAGCGCGUGCGGGAGGGCGAGGAAGGGGUCCGCCCCUGGACAGAGGGCGAGAAGAGGCAGCUCCUGAGCGGCGGAAAGGUUCUGGGGUACGACGGGUACUACGUGCUCUCCAUCGAGCAGUACCCCGAGUUAGCGGACAGCGCCAAUAACAUUCACUUCCUUCGGCAGAGUGAAAUUGGGAAGAGGUAACAAUGCGCGGCGCAUUUUCUGCCAGAGAGACGCUGUUUUGGUAGAGACGGGCGGACGGAAUGAAAAGCAGCUGUAAUCGAGGGUUGCUGUGGACCCUGAGUGUCGUGUGUUUUUGUAAAAAAAAAAAAAAAAAUUCAAAAAAAAAAUGGACGAAAGACAAAAUAUACAAGCGGUCAAAAGCAAUGCUGUGCAUUGUGACCUGGGGACUACAGAGUAAUUGUAUAACUACACCAAGCCUUACCAUGGCAAUUACAGGUCAGUUCCUCUGUUGCACAAGCCUUUUGGACUCCGGACUCUGGAAGUUUUGUCUUUGUGAGAGAGAGAGUGAGCAAAUUUUAGGUGUUUUUUUUUUAUUUAAUUUUUUAGUUUUCAUCAAUGAAAGUCUGACUCGACAGAAAGUAUUCUAAGCGCAAAGGAAAUGUUUACAUUAUGCAUAUCUGCACUUGGCUAGAAGCACGGGAAGGACGAGCCGCGUCCUCGAGAAAAUGUUUGUUUAUAAAACCAGAGACUUCUGACGCAGGAGAGAUCCUCACCAAACAACCACUAUGUGUACCAGAUCCAGCACUGACAGGAAGGGACCGGUUUCAUGUUUCAAUACCCAACGUCCAGGGAGGGAAAGAAGUACGAACGAAAAAGUACGAACUCUGCUGGAGCGGGAGGGGCACAGGCGCGUCUCGGUCAGCGCAGGGACACCAUGUUUUGUAAAUUAUGCAAGAGUUUUCUGGCGUUUUUUUUUUUUUUUAAAAGAAACUGAAUAGAUGUCUGUAUUAGUCAUAUUAACAGUAAUUUAUGUUGUGUUUUUUACAUGACCAAUAAAGUCCAGCGGAUUUUAUUUUUUUGUUCUUUUAUUUUUUCGACAAGCAUUUCUUUUUUUUUUUGCAGUUGCGUUCCUUCUCAUUUGGCUUCGUGGGGCUUCCUCACUGUGCUCUGUUCAAGUAAAUAACAGAAACCUGUGCAUGUAGUGAUACGUAUUUACAAGUGGUGAUGUAUUUAUAACAUGCCAUCAACUAUUAUUUCCACUGAAUUGAAUGUUGAUUGGGCAUAACGCCUUUUGACCUGGUUAAUAUUUCCAAUUAAUAUUUCAUCAACACAAAUAUCUCAUGAACCCAUGUCACAAAAACAAGGUCUCAGUGGAUCCAAAUAAAGAUCACAUCCAUGUUCUCGGUAGUUAUACUUAUUUUGAAUGUCAAAUGCACUCAUGGAUUAAAAUGAUAUUGGGGUUCUCUU